AUGCCACCAUCUUUACCUGAUUUCUCGAAAUCUCAUGGAUCCCCUACGGACGAAGCGCAAAGUUGGAUGACUCUCAGACCAAACAGACACUCAGUCCCUGGAUCAAAUGGUAAAAAUGGGACAACUUCCGACAAAGUCGACAUGUUUGUUGGCGACCAGUUCUUUCGGACGGUGGAACCCAACUGCUUUGAUCCGGACGUACGCAUGAAAGAGAUGGAUGCAACAGGAGUCGACAUUCAAGUUAUCAGCACGGUUCCCAUAUUGUUCUCAUACGACAAGCAGAUUGAGCCUGCGGCAGCACUAGCUCGCUACCUAAAUGAUCAUAUAGCCUCUGUCUGUUAUGAACACCCGCAUCGAUUUAUCGGGCUAGCCACUGUACCCUUGCAGGAUGUGUCAAGCUCAGUCAUCGAAUUGAAACGAGCCAAGUUGGAACUGGGACUGAAAGGUGUGGAGAUUGGCACCGAAAUCAACGGGCGCGCGCUGGACCACCCUGACUUCGAACCAUUCUGGGCUGCAUGCGAGGACUUGGAUGUUCCGAUCUUUGUUCACCCCCUUGGAUAUGAACUGGAACGCGAGAACAAAGCUCGAUGGGGAUGCUACUGGUCAGCAUGGCUGAUCGGAAUGCCGAGCGAGACUGCGCUCGCAAUGCACGCCCUUCUCUCCUGCGGUAUCCUAGUCCGACAUCCUAAGCUGCGUUUUUGCUUCGCCCACGCAGGCGGCGCGUACCUUCCUCUGCUCGGACGAAUCCAGCACGGGUACAACUGUCGUCCGGACCUAGUGGCCCAUAGUUCCCAGGGAGUGUCCCCGCAGAGCUAUCUUGGGUCACAUCAGCAUAAUAUCUGGAUUGACAGCUUGGUACAUGAUCCAGACCUUCUCGAGCUGAUCUGCAAGAAGAUUGGGCCGGAUCGGAUAGUGAUGGGCAGUGAUUAUCCUUUCCCACUUGGUGAAAUGCCGGUACCUGGGGAGAUGUUGGCUAGCAACGAAGAGGUUGGGGAGCUGCUUUCAAAGGAGGCGAGGGCGCGUAUGCUUGCUCGUAAUGCUAUUGAGUUUCUGGGGCUACAGGAUAUGUUCAUACAGCAUAAGUUCUAA